AUGUUGAUACCGAGCCAAAGUUGGCAGACCCACGCGGCGGAGAAGCGCGAGAGCCUUCUUGCCAGUAUACCUGACGGUUGGAAGCUCUCGCCAGAGGACUUCACAAAAGCGAAAAGCCAACGCGACAACACUGGGGUUGUUCGAGAGCACUUGGAAGCCGCCGAAGCGUUGAUAUUAGCUAAAGACGCUCCAGAUAUCGUCAGUCACUUGAAGGAUGGGACCUACAGUGCUGUGCAGGUCACCACUUCUUCUUGCAAAGCGGCAGCCAUUGCCCACCAAAUUGGCAACUGUCUUAUGAAAUCCUCUUUGACCAGGCCUUGGAACGUGGCCAAGGCUCUCGACGCCCAUUUCAAGGAGACAGGAACGGCCUCUGGACCUCUUCACAAUCUUCCAGUCAGUUUGAAGGACCAGUUCCGCGUUAAAGGCGUCUAUACAACUAUGGGAUAUGUCGGAUGA